UUCGUGACGUGUACGCUACGUACGCUUUAUCAAGCGUCUUCCCGCGCGGCAAUCUUCCCAGUCUCUGCGCUCCUCGACCGUAGCUCUUCUUCUGGUCUUUUUGCUUAAUUUGCAGUCCUCGAAUUCGCUGCCAUGUCUUCUGAAGAAGGGAAGCUUUUCGUGGGAGGGCUCAACUUCAACACCGAUGAGCAGGCUCUGGAAGACCACUUCAGCAGCUUCGGUCCUAUUUCCGAGGUGGUCGUUGUCAAGGACCGGGAGACUCAGCGAUCCCGGGGUUUUGGUUUCAUCACCUUCACCAAUCCAGAGCAUGCCUCAGAUGCAAUGAGAGCCAUGAAUGGAGAGUCUCUGGAUGGUCGCCAGAUCCGUGUGGAUCACGCGGGCAAGUCGGCCAGGGGAACUAGAGGGGGUGCCUUUGGGGCCCAUGGGCGUGGUCGCAGCUACUCUAGAGGUGGUGGGGACCAGGGCUAUGGGAGUGGCAGAUAUGACAGUCGACCUGGAGGAUAUGGGUAUGGAUAUGGAAGGUCCAGAGACUAUGGUGGCAGAAGCCAGGGUGGUUAUGACCGCUACUCAGGAGGAAAUUACAGAGACAAUUACGACAACUGAGAUGAGGCAUGUGCACCUAAUGUAGAUACACAAGGAAUAAAACUUCUGGUCCAGGAUCAUCCUUCCAAAUGGCUGUAUUUAUAAAGAUUUUUGGAGCUGCACUGACACAUCUGUUUUAGUACAUCAACUUCUAUUUUUGAACUGAGCUCCCAAGGUAGCUUGUCACAAAGACCUUUUGGAAAGCUCCAUGUGUUUUCUAAAAUUUUCUCCCUUUUAAAUACUAAUCCUGGGACAUUUGUAGAGUCUGGGUAUUUUUUCCUUUUUCCAGUUUUUCAGUUUGGACUCUCAGGAUUACUGAUCAUGGCAAAAAAUGUUUGUUCAGACUGCUUUUAAAAAAAUAGGCAUUUAAAAGCCUGUAUACAAUGUUUAUCCUGAUUAGGAAGAAAUUUCCAAAUGCAAGUAUAAGAAAUCAAAGUAAUUAGAGGUGGGUUUUUUUAUUCAAAGUCACCACCCUAAGUAUACAGAAAUUUCUUAAAAUACUCACUGUGAAUGUCCUUUUUUUAGUACUGGAAGAAAAAAUAUUCUGUUGUGUCUCAUUUAGCAUUUUAGGAUGUCCACGGAGCUAAUUAAAAAGUUGAAACAUGAAAACAA